GUUUUGCUCAACUUUCGCGGCAAAUUGGACUGACGUUACACCGUCAUGAGCAGCUCGACCCCUAUGCAUGUGUGCCCGAUUUGCGAUAGACACUUCAGUGCACAUAGCAUUGAGUCCCACGUGAAUCUAUGCCUUACCAAGGCCUCGAGCAGUUCCAGUGGCGUGGGACCAACGCCGCGUGCAAGCCCCCCAGCACUCAAAUCGCCCACGACGGCACAAACCCACAAAACGCAUGCCGUGUCGUCGUCAAAAAGGCCACGACCAUCGACUCCGCAGCCUCAGGAAGAGAAUGUUACUGGCUUAAAUACACCCAAACGACAUCAUCGACAGAAUGACACAAGACCUUUGGCGGAGCGCAUGCGACCCUCCUCACUCGCCGACGUCGUCGGGCAAGAUGAACUCCUCGGACCGGACAAACCUUUAAGACGACUGCUUGAAAGUGGCAAUAUUCCCAACAUGAUUCUUUGGGGGCCUCCGGGGUGUGGAAAAACCACUCUUGCGACGCUCCUGGCGAAACAGAAGAAAGAUAACCAACGCUUUGUGACCCUUUCCGCAACAACUGCCAAGCUCGCACAAGUUCGAGAAGUGUUUGAGAAGGCUGUGAACGAAGCGCAGCUCUUGGGUCGCCAAACGAUCCUCUUCGUCGACGAGAUCCAUCGCUUUUCGAAGCUCCAGCAGGACACAUUCCUUCCACAAGUCGAGAGUGGUGCCAUUACGCUCGUCGGUGCAACGACCGAGAACCCGUCGUUUGAGUUGAACGGGGCGCUGCUCAGUAGAUGCCGGGUAUUUGUUCUCCACAAGAUAGAGUCCAAGCACAUCUACACCCUAUUGCAAAGAGCCACAAAAGUUGCCAGUCCGUCUGCGAUUGUAGCGGACGACGCGCUCUCCUUUCUCGCGGACCAAUGCAAUGGCGAUGCCCGCAUGGCGCUCAAUGCACUGGAGAUGGCACUCCUUUCAGCUGCGCCCCACACAAACAACAUCGGAACCCCCGAAACGCCAACUUCCCACGCCGUUGUCACACUGGCCCAUGUAAAAGCUGGAUUUCAACGGUCUCACGCCUUGUACGAUCGCAAAGGUGAUGCCCACUACGACUGCAUCAGCGCGCUUCACAAAUCUAUCCGUGGAAGUGAUGGCGACGCCGCGCUAUACUGGCUCGGCCGUAUGCUCCAAGGCGGAGAAAAUCCAUUGUAUAUUGCGAGGCGACUCAUUCGAGUUGCGUCGGAAGAUGUUGGGUUAGCUGAUCCCCAAGCGCUGCCGUUGGCAGUCGCUGCGUUCCAGGCGUGCCAUGCCAUCGGAAUGCCGGAAUGCGACGUCAUCUUGGCCCAUUGCGCCGUCUACUUGGCGAGGGCAUCAAAAAGCGUCGAAGUAUACAAAGCCUUCAAGCGCGUGAAGCAAACGCUGGACGAGUGGUGUGGAAUCGACCCAGACGUCCCGCUGCAUCUUCGGAAUGCACCCACGCGCCUCAUGGAGACGAUGGGCUGUGGAAGAGAGUACAAAUACAACCCAGACUAUGAAGGAGGUGUCGUCGAUCAAACGUAUUUACCAGACCAGCUCGUCGGCCACCACUUCCUCCAAGCUAAAGAUUGGGUUCACGAGAAGGAACAGCCGUCAAGCGAUACCUGACACCGCUCAACUUGUCUGCACUCCUUCCAUCUCACUCCUGGGCCGAUGCAUUCAUCUGUCAUCGUGGUGUAAACUAUUCGGGAAACACAUGAUGGGGUGGCAUUCCAAAACAAGUUGCCUUUCAAAUGUAUUCUCGAGUCGACGAGCAUCUAUGGAGUUGGAAAAUAUCCACUCUUGACCAAGGGCUACAUUACAACAAAGGUUGCAGAGGUUCACGGUCGAAUCCGCGAACGAGGCUAAUGCAAUUUGCCACAAAGACGGCGUUGCGCCACUUGGGGGUGAAAUCGACUGCCUUGUGAUAGUCAUGCCUUGACAAGUGCAAUGGCAACCUCGAGUCGACUUGGUCAAUUAUCAGGCGGUGGCAACGUGCGGUAGUUGCCUUCUUCCUAGUGGAGAGGAACGAGACCUAUGGCCAACCGCGAAACACCGAAUGUGUACAAGGUGACUACUGUCGUCAAUACGACCCGACAUCGUACCGCUGGUUUGAAUUACGAUCCCAUUCGACUCACGUCUACAGCACCGAAUCCUGCAACAACUGAAGCAUCAUGUGCAAUACGGCUGUGCUAAUCGAGCAGCUCUUUAAAUGCAUCAGGACGGCGAAGAAUUUGGUCGUCUUGAGGUGCUAGCCCACACAUCAUGAACAACUCCAAGCGGUCGCCGUGUCCAACUUGUGUCGGG